UGUCACCGCCGCGUGGCCCGCCCCACGUCGCCCGCGCGGGGAUUUCCAAGAUUCCUCGUGCGCCCGGUAAUUCGGUCUCCAUUCGCAGCACGAGCGAGCAUCUUCUGAGACAUCUCCUGCUCCCUCCACGCCCACCACCACCACCUUCCCCGUGUGACGAGUUUAUCUUGAAUUCUGGAAGUUGUCAAGGGGAUGCCUGCCACGAUGCAACUGCUGCUGUUCGCCACGCUGCUCACCCUGACGCAGGCCCUGAGCGUGCAGCAGCUCCAGUGGGACACCUGGAAGAGCACGUACGGCAAGCACUACGGGAGUGAACAGGAGGAUGCCCACCGCCGCGACGUGUUUGAGCAGAACCUGAAGCGCGUACUGCAACACAACCUACUGGCCGACGAGGGCAACGUCUCAUUCCAUCUUGGCAUCAACAAGUAUUCCGACCUGGAACUGCAUGAAUACCAUGAGAAAGUUGUGGGCCGUUUCUGGAAUCUGAGAAAUGGGACACGCAGGAGAGGGGCCCCAUUCCCACUCCGGAGCAUGGACAAUCUCCCCGAGCAGGUGGACUGGAGACUCAAGGGCUACGUGACGCCCGUUAAAGAACAAGGGCUUUGUGGCUCCAGUUGGGCCUUUAGUGCGACAGGCUCUCUGGAAGGACAACACUUUGCCGCAACGGGGAAUCUCACAUCGUUAAGCGAGCAACAACUGGUGGACUGCACCAAGAGCUACUACAACAACGGUUGCAAUGGUGGACGAUCAGAACGUGCCCUCCAGUACAUAAUUGACAAUAACGGCAUUGACUCAGAGUUGUCGUAUCCAUAUGAGCACGCGGAUGGGAAGUGUCGAUUCAAGCCUGCGAAUGUGGCCACCAAGUGCAGUAGCUACCAAUUUGUGGAGCCGUCCAGUAACGAAGAGGUCUUGCGCCAAGCCGUGGCAUCUGUGGGACCAAUUGCAAUCGCAAUGAAUGCUGACCUGGACACAUUUAAGCACUACAAAUCAGGGCUAUUUAACGAACCAUCCUGCGACAAGAGCCCAAACCACGCCAUGUUGGUGGUUGGAUACGGCUCCCUGAGUGGCAAUGACUUCUGGAUCGUCAAGAACAG